GGAAGAAAUAGCGAGUGACGAAGGUGCUGCCUAGAAACCGUUUAUCCUUUGGAUUCUAAGGAUUCUGUGGACAGAUCCAGGGCACACCUUACAGAGCUGUGUGGUGGAGCAGAGGUGAUUCUUUGAGGAGCCUGCUGGAAAGGAGCUAUGGAGAACGGAGGAGGAAGCCAUCUGCAGACAAGGCAAGUCCUGCUUCUCUUUGUUUUGCUGGGAGUGUCUCAAGCACACGCUGAGCCGGGGAGGCUUUCAGUGGUGGAGGAGACCCUGAGUGGGGCCUUGGUAGGCAAUUUGGCAAAAGACCUGGGGCUCGAGGUGGGUGAGCUGUCUUCACGGGGGGCUCAAGUGGUCUCUAAGGAUAACAAACUGCCUUUGCAAUUGAACAUAAAUACAGGAGAUUUGCUCCUAAGCGAACCGCUAGACAGAGAGGAGCUGUGUGGCCCCACUGAGCCCUGCCUGCUGCAUUUCCAGGUGUUAAUAAAAAAUCCCUUACAGAUUUUGCAAGUUGAGCUGCAGGUGAGGGAUAUCAAUGACAAUUCCCCCAUAUUCUUGGAAAAGGAAAUGGUUCUAGAAAUCCCGGAGAAUAGCCCUGUUGGUGCUGUGUUCCUACUAGAAAGUGCAACAGAUUUGGAUGUAGGAACCAAUGCUGUGAAAAACUAUGUGAUAAGCCAGAACUCUCAUUUCCACAUUACAAUGAGAGUUAAUCCUGAUGGCAGGAAAUACCCAGAGUUAGUUUUGGAUAAGGCACUGGAUUAUGAGGAACAGCCAGAGCUCAGUCUCAUCCUCACUGCUGUGGAUGGGGGGACUCCCCCCAGGUCUGGGACUGCCUUGGUUCGUGUGGAAGUCAUAGAUACUAAUGACAACUCCCCCGAGUUUGAGCAUAUGUUCUAUGAAGUGAAGAUUCCAGAGGACAGCAUCCUUGGCUCACUGGUUAUCACUGCAUCGGCUUGGGAUCUAGACUCGGGAAUUAAUGGUGAAGUAUCCUACGCCUUUUCUCACACAUCAGAGGAUAUUCAAAAGACAUUUGCAAUCAAUAAAAACUCUGGAGAAAUAAGCUUAAUAGGCUAUUUGGACUUUGAAACAAUAGAAUCCUACUCAAUAAUCAUUAAAGCUACGGAUCGAGGAGGACUUUUUGGGAAAUCUACAGUAAGAAUUCAGGUGAUGGAUGUGAAUGAUAAUUCUCCGGAAAUUUCUGUGUCAUCAUUUACCAGUCCAAUCCCAGAAAAUACCCCAGAGACGUUAGUUAUGGUUUUUAGUAUCCAAGACAAGGACUCAGGAGAGAACAGCAGAAUGGUCUGUUCUAUUCCAGAGGACCUCCCGUUUGUCCUAAAGUCGUCAAUUGAAAAUUACUACCACUUAGAAACGGAGGGAGCACUGGACAGAGAGAGCAGAGCUGAGUACAACAUCACCAUCACAGUCAGUGACAUGGGGACACCCAGGCUCACAACCCAGCACAACAUAACAGUGGAGGUCUCUGACGUCAACGACAACGCCCCCGCCUUCACACAAAGCUCCUACACCCUGUUUGUCCAAGAGAACAACAGCCCCGCCCUGCACAUAGGCACCAUCAGCGCCACAGACUCAGACUCAGGCUCCAAUGCCCACAUCACCUACUCGCUGCUGCCCACCCAGGACUCACAGCUGGAUCUCUCCUCGCUCAUCUCCAUCAAUGCCGACAACGGUCAGCUGUUCGCGCUCAGGGCGCUGGACUACGAGGCCCUGCAGACCUUCGAGUUCCACGUGGGCGCCAUAGACCAAGGCUCGCCCGCUCUCAGCAGCCAGGCGCUGGUGCGCGUGCUGGUGCUGGACGCCAACGACAAUGCGCCCUUCGUGCUCUACCCGCUGCAGAACGCCUCUGCGCCCUUCACAGAGCUGCUGCCCAGGGCGGCAGAGCCUGGCUAUCUGGUCACCAAGGUGGUGGCGGUGGACCGCGACUCUGGCCAGAAUGCCUGGCUAUCGUUCCAGCUGCUGAAGGCCACGGAGCCCGGACUGUUCAACGUGUGGGCUCACAAUGGCGAGGUGCGCACCUCCAGGCUGCUGAGUGAGCGCGAUGCGCCCAAGCACAGGCUGCUGCUGCAGGUCAAGGACAAUGGCGAUCCUCCGCGGUCUGCCAGUGUCACUCUGCAAGUGCUGCUGGUGGAUGGCUUCUCUCAGCCCUACCUGCCUCUGCCGGAGGUGGUACGCGAUCCCUCCCAGGAUGAGGAUGCGCUCACGCUGUACCUGGUCAUCGCUUUGGCGUCUGUGUCUUCGCUCUUCCUCUUGUCUGUGCUGCUGUUCGUGGGAGUGAGGCUGUGCAGAAGGGCCAGAGCGGCCUCUCUGGGUGGCUGUUCUGUGCCUGAGGGACACUUUCCUGGCCACCUGGUGGACGUCAGUGGGGCGGGGACCUUGUCCCAGAGCUACCAGUAUGAGGUGUGUCUAAUGGGAGGUACUGGCACAAAUGAGUUCAAAUUCCUGAAGCCAGUUCCUCCCAAUCUACCACUCCAGUUCCCCAGGAAAGAAAUGGACGAAAGUCCUACUUUACGCAAUAGUUUCGGGUUAUUUAACGACAGCAGCUGAUGCUACAUUUCAUUUUAUAACUAUCUCAAAACAAUAUGU